AUAAGGCAUAAAUUCCAAGUUUGAGGCGAAUUAAGUGUGAAUGACCCUCAACUCUGACGAUAAUAUUAACUUGGACAAGAAUAAACCAAACGCAAAUACUGUUUAAAACGCAUUUAUUUGAGUCUCAGCCAGACAUAUAAACCCUUAUCUUAUCUUGACGGAAACAAAAUUCAAAUUUGCAAAAAUGAAACGGUUAAAAAAAUCUCAAAAUAUCGUUAUUGCCACAGUCAUGGUUUGUGUCCUAGGACUACUCCUCUAUUUCAUUUUAACGUCUUCUAAACCAAGCACUGCUAAAAAACCCAACAUUAUUAUAAUAAUAGCCGACGAUUUGGGGUACAACGAUGUCAGUUUUCACGGUUCGUCUCAAAUCCCGACCCCUAAUUUAGCAAAAAUGGCCACAAGGGGCAUAAUCCUUGACCGGUUUUACACCCAAUCAACUUGUACCCCUUCUCGGACUGCCCUCCUCACUGGCCAAUACCCCAUCAGGUCAGGCAUGCAAGGCUACCCCCUUAAAGCGGGCGAAAACCGGUCGCUACCCCUAAACAUGCCCACAAUGCCCCUCCAUUUCCAAAAUUUGGGGUAUAAGACACACCUUGUGGGUAAAUGGCAUUUAGGGGCAGCGUACAAAGAGGAUACCCCUUUAGGGAAAGGUUUCGAUAGUCAUUUCGGGUACUGGAAUGGGUUUGUGGGGUAUUUUGACUAUGUAUCGUUCAGUAAAAUGGAUAAUGGAACGCUAGUUAAAGGGUUGGAUUUGCAUGACCAGUUUGAGCCGGUUUGGGGUAGUCAAGGGAGGUACGCUACUGAGUUAUUUACGGAGAGAAGUUUGGAUGUUAUUGAGGGGCAUGAUGUGAGGGUACCCCUUUUUUUGGUGGUGUCGCAUUUGGCGGCACAUACGGGACAAAACGGGUCGGAAUUAGGGGUACCCGACGUUGACCAAACUAAUCACGAAUUCUCGUAUAUUCAAGACCCCAGACGCCGACUUUAUGCCGGGGUUGUGAGUCAUUUGGACGCGUCCAUUGGCCGAAUUAUGGCCAAACUUGACGAAAAACAAAUGCUUGAUAAUUCAAUUGUUUUGUUUUUUUCCGAUAAUGGGGCACAAACUGUCGGAAUGUAUGAAAAUUCCGGCUCGAAUUGGCCUCUGAGAGGGGUCAAAUUUUCCGAUUUUGAAGGUGGGGUACGAGUGGCAGCGACCAUCUAUAGCCCACUUUUCCAUAAAAAGGGCUACGUGAGUGAACAUUUGAUACACAUAAGUGACUGGUUGCCCACUUUGUACUCAGCAGCCGGUGGAGAUGUAGCCCAUUUGGGCCAAAUCGAUGGAAUUGACCAAUGGGACGCUUUAACCAACAACAAUCCAUCAAAUCGGACCGAAAUUUUAAUAAAUAUUGACGAAGUCGAUGAAAAUUUCGCCAUAAUUCGAGAUAAAUUCAAACUAAUCCAAGGAAGUUAUCAUGAGGGAACUUUCGAUCAAUAUUAUGGAGAUAGUGGACGAGGUCCGGAAAAUCCGACCCCAAAUCCAAAUCACACAACCACAGACUUAUCCUGGUGUAGAGCUCCAGACCAGACCCCAAUUUUAAACUGCACAAAAGGCUGUCUUUUCGAUUUGGACAAAGAUCCGUGCGAAACAACCAAUAUUAUCGAAUCAGAACCAGAAAUAGCCAACCAAUUGUACGAAAAAAUUGCCCAAUUUUGGAAGGAGUUGGUACCCCAAAGAAACAAAGACACCGACCCAAAAUCGGACCCCAUUUUUUACAACAACACGUGGUGCACGUGGCUUGAGGACGCCUCGUGCCACAAAACCACAAACAUCGAGCGAAUUAGUCGAUAAUUGUGCAAAACUUUUAGUACCAAUAAAGUAUAAGUAAAUUCCGGA